GCUCUUGAAGAUUAUUUCCUAGGGGCACUUAAGCAGAGAAAAGCAACGAUGCUUGCAUACGCCAUAUUGACAUGCAUGGGAGCGAUGGCAACGGCUGCACCGGUUACUGCGCAAAAAAACCAACCAAUGCGCUGGUGCGGUGGUCAACUCAAUCCACGAGACCAUGCGAGGGCGAUGACAUUUGCAACAAGUCUUUUCUAUUCUUGCAAGGAUGAAAUUCUACGUAUAAAUUUUCCACCGAUCGCCAUAAAGGAGAUCGAGAGACUUUGUGCUGGGUGGCGCAUCUGCUAUGCCCUCGUGGACGACUUCACGAAUGCAUCCGUACCCUACAACGAUUUUUUGAUUACCUGCAUGAAAAAGCUGGGCGCCGCGCUAGUCACAGUUUAUCCGCACACGAAAGAGACGUACAACUUUGAUCCAGAGGAUUCCCUCGACGGCUUGAAACGCUGCGCUGGUCAUCUGCUUCCCAGAGAUUGGCGUUAUAUGAUGCAAGCAAUUUCUUACGUUAAGUAUUUUGCAAGUGGAUGAACCUUCCUAAGCUCCGCACGCCUUGAUCAAUCGAUUUUUAUCAGUGCUUCUAAAAUGAUAAGUUAGACGAGGCAUGGAACCAUUAUUGACAAUACACUGAGAGAAAGAAGGCUUCUAGCUGACUUAAGCUUGUUUAUAAGAGUGGUAUUUGGGGCUGAAAUGUGGAUUUUCGGACAAAUAAAAAGU